AUGUCACUACCCCGGGUCCUGCGAUCACCCUGCGCAAGAUCCAUCAGCAAGUCUGCCUACAAGGCACAAGCAGCUCAGCUGCGACAGUUAUACAAGCCAUUUUCCACCUCAUUGCGGAGACGGGAUCAAUGGACCUUGGACGAUGAUCCGUCCUCCAAGCUUCCGGGCAUCGACCCAGCCGCCUGCGAGGUGACCAACACCAUCACCCCGAAAGCCUUGGUUGCGAAUCAAGAUCUUGUCUUCGGCCGCACGUUCACUGACCACAUGCUAUCUAUAGAAUGGACCGCCUCUCAGGGGUGGCUGGCGCCCCGUCUAACCCCAUAUCAAAACCUGUCCCUUGACCCAGCAACAUGCGUAUUCCACUACGCAUUCGAGUGUUUUGAAGGAAUGAAGGCGUACAAAUGUGCCCACGAUGGCUCCUUACGGCUGUUCCGCCCAGACAAGAACAUGGCUCGGAUGAACAAGUCGUCGGCGCGCAUUGCUCUGCCAACAUUUGACGGCGACAAGCUCAUUGAAUUGAUCGGGAGGCUGUGUAGAUUGGACGAGCGCUUCAUCGCCUCAGAGAAGGGCUAUUCCUUAUACCUGCGACCCACGAUGAUCGGAACGCAGCGAACCCUCGGUGUUGGCCCACCGGGUUCCGCUCUCCUCUACGUCAUUGCAUCACCCGUCGGCCCCUACUAUCCCACGGGAUUCAAGGCCAUCAAUCUCGAGGCCACAGACUACGCCGUCCGCGCCUGGCCAGGGGGCGUAGGCGACAAGAAACUCGGCGCCAACUAUGCACCAUGCAUCGUCCCUCAACUGAAAGCAGCCAAGAAAGGCCUGCACCAAAACCUCUGGCUGUUCGGGCCGGAAGAGUACAUCACCGAGGUCGGGACGAUGAACCUCUUCGUCUGCAUGAAGAACAAAGAAACCGGCGAGAACGAGCUUCUCACGGCUCCCCUCGACGGCACCAUACUGGAAGGCGUCACCCGUGACUCAGUACUCACACUAGCUCGGGAACGUCUGGCACCAAAAGGCUGGAAGGUCACAGAGCGCUAUGUGCGCAUGCCCGAGCUCGCGGAAGCUGAAGCCGAAGGCCGCCUGUUGGAGGUCUUUGGCGCCGGCACCGCCGCAAUCGUCGCUCCCGUGAGGAAGAUCUCCUACAAGGAGAAAUUCAUCGACUGCGGCUUGAAGGAGACUGAAGAGGCUGGCGCGAUCGCCCUUCAGAUGAAGAACUGGAUCGAGGCCAUCCAGUACGGUGAUGAGGACCAUCCUUGGAGUGUCAAGAUCUAA